AUGUGCAUACUAAAUGAACCAAAUCUCGAAGAAAAAGCUGUUCGCACAGAUGAUAAAAAAAUAACACCAGCGCGGGCUCGUGGCUCGUCUCGUUUCAGUUCGAAAAGUGCUACUUCAACAGAAGCAGCUCCGCCAGAGACGAGCUCAUCGAGCUCUGAUGCAACAAGUACUAAAACUAGUCGAAGAGCACCAGGAGCUCGCAGAACUUCGUCGAGUCGGUCUGGUGUUCAAAUAACUUCUACUGUGAAGACGGCCGUCGAGCAAACUUUAGAAAAUUCGGGAAGUGAACCUACCUUCCAAUCAAAACCGAAAAUUAAUCAUCAUGGCUUGCCAAGGUUUGCUUCACGUACAUUAGUGAUGAAAGUUCCGAAUGCUGAGCCGGACAAUAAUGUACAUGAGAAUAGUAAAAAUAAUAGUCAAGAUAUUAGUGAGAAAAAGUUUUCACCUUCGAGUGUAAGAGAAAAUACUAGAACUGGAAGAGCAAGAGACUUUGUAGAUAGUGCAGAAACUUCAAAAGUCAAAGUAACGGGACGAGGAGGAAAUCGAAGAACUCCACGAUUACAAAAUGAUAAAUCAAAUUCUAAAUUUGACACUUCAGAACCAUCAGUUUUCACCGGGACAAUAGAUAAUUCAAGAUCCAGAACUGGCAGAAAAAUUCUAAAUUCUUCUGUAAAACAAUCAAAUAGUGGCACAUUGUCGAAUCCUCGUUAUGCGAGAAAUCAAAGAAUUGAUGAUUCUAAUCCUAAUUUAGGCGCAGGAAGUAAUCGAAGGAGUUUCGCUUAUAAUUCUUCGGAUUUUCGUAAAAGGCUGACUGAAUCUCGUCUAAAACAAGAUAUUGCGGCAUCAGGCUCUGAAAGCGUACGUUUCAAUCUCCCUCUGAAUUUCGAAGAACCGAAAAGGCUUUCUAGUGGAGGUUCGUCCAACAGUAGUCCAACAACUGAAAUAUCCAAAAGGCCAGUCAACUCGCGCUACAAACCACGAGGAAGGCAGCCUCUGAAUGAAAAAAAACAAGAAUCUGAUACAACUACCUCAAAUCCAGUAUCAAGGGGAACAUCGAGAAGAACGGGAAACAGCAAAGGAUAUGAAAGCACAACAGAAGGUCGUGGAAGAAAUAGAGGACAAGAAAUCAGAAAAAAUAACGUUGCGGACAGUAGCUCUACAACCGUUCAACCUGAUUUUAGAAGAAGAAAUUCCAAUACGAGAGCAACAGCCAGAUCUUUUGAUACAUCCAGGAAUUUUGAUAAUAAUAGAAUAUCCGAAGCAAAAUCUCACAAUAUUGAUAGAAAAUCUAACAGAUCUAGAGGUCGCUACCGAGUUGAAAUAAUUACUACCGAUUCUCCGCCGCAUCCAUCCACUACAAUAGCACCACGAGGUCCGUCUGUUGUGGCAAUAGGAAAUAUUGGAAAUAUUACGCCAACUUCGACACCGGAAGUUAUUACGACGUUAUCACCACCAACUACUUCUAGAGCUUUUUUAUCAACUUCAGCUCGGCCAUCAAGUAAUGAUAAUGAAAAAAAUGAGAAUGGCAGUACUCAACAAAAUGAUCAAAGAAGAAGGGCUUCGAAAGAAGAUUUCUUUAAUCAUGGCUUGGGCUUUCGAGGAAGAAGACCAUCAAUACCUGGAGUCGAUCAAGUGACUUCAGUGAGGAUGCCUGAAAAUUCACCACGUGGUAAUCCUGGUUGGACUUUGAGACGACGUCCUGGACAUGUACACGAUGGUCCAUUAUCCGGGCCAGUGUCAAAUCCAGCGUUGUCGCUAAUUCCCGGCCAACAAAAUAAUAGAAUGACAACCGCAAGUACCAUUCCGAAAAGUGGAAGAAGAGGGAAUAAAAUGAACAUAAAGGCAGUUAGUGGAGGUACAAAAGAGGAAAUAAAUGAAAACGAUAACUAUCCACCGGAUUUCAAGGCACGGCUGGCACAGUUGGAUCGUCAAUUGUAUACCAGCUCAAAUUUAAUUGGCAAUGUCGAUCUUGAUCUUGCCUCUUCGGAUAACAUUGACUACGCAAUGACACAGUCUCCGUUUUUUCAUAAUUCUACUAUUGAAAUUCCAAAUUCUUUGGAUGUGCAGCAAGCCAACAAGACGAUGUCCACUGAGCAAUUCGCAGCCCGAUCAAAAAUGAAACUGGAAAAUGCGCGUAAACUCAUCAAGCCUGAGCUACUGAUUGAUGAAACAAACGCUCGUCAAGUAAUCGUUGAUCCAUCACCAAAUUUCAAGGAGGAUACGGAUCAGAAGCCUAGAGACUCAGCAGUGGAUGAGGAUCAGAAAGUGUUCAAAGUCACAAGGAAAUCAAGCCCUGCGACAUCGAAGCCCGAAUCAGGUCAAAAGAGCUCGACUAAGUCUGAUUGGAAACCGUCCAAAUUGAGGAAGAAUUUCAAGGACACUCAAACUAGAGCCUCGAGAUACAAGCAGCUAUAUACUCCUCGACCGAAAACUUCGUUAUUAGCAGCUACCACUACAGAAAGAAAUUUCGUCGAAGACAAUGUCAUCGAUUCCACGACACAAUCGGCUAGAGCCGAUCGAUACAAAGAGCAUAUAAUCAAAUUUGUGCCAAAAGUAAGGGGAAGUAAAGUUCGUGGUCCCAAACCUUCACAUGAGAAUAGUAUACACGAAGACAUUAUAAAUUCCACCACAAAGUCACCGCUAGCUGAAAAGUCUCGGAAAACCUUCACUCCUAGAAAGAGUGAUAAGAGUCACGUGGACGAUAUUAAAGCUGUGGCUCUGAAAUUACGGAAAACAUUAGAGAACAUGGAAAAAAGCCAAACACCGAGACCAGUUAGGAGAAGUGAUUCGUUGGAAGGUUCAACGACCUUACUAACGACAAUGAGAACUGUCAAAUCUUUUUCAUUUUCAACUCGUCUAGUGAAAAUGGACGAUAGCGAAGCUGCUACUUCCUCGACAAUGAAGAUGCUCGAGGACGAAGUUACUUCAACUACAGAAUCAACGUCGACAACUUUCGUGCCAACUACAACGAAUUUGCCCGUGACUACAGAAAUCACCACGCAAAUUUCUGCUGAAAACGAGGUGACCACUUUUAAUUAUGAAAGUGUUUUGACUUCGAGUAAUCGCCCAUCUACCGACGACAUCGCCAACGAGAUCGACAAUGCCGGUACUUUCAGUACGACCGAAUUAUCGUUCAAGAGUACCGGAAGUCCAGAGCUCGAUUGGAAAAUUGCAAGCACGGAUUCGCCACCUAACUUGGUGGAAUACAAGCCCCGUGCAGCAGCACUGAGCAACGAUUCGGGUUCACCGGUCUUCGUGGUAUAUCCGUCGGCAACCGAGAAGCCUCUGAGCAUUGCGAUCACUCCGAAGGUACAGCGAUACCAAGCUACGAUCAAACCCAAUGAAACUGAGCUGGGACAGCAGUCGGUAACACAGGAACCCGUUAUCAGUGUGAAAGUGUCCAGUGGUAACGAAACCGCGGAGAUUUCAAUUCACGAUUCAAAUAAUGGUAACAGUGGUAACGUCGCUGGUUCCAACAUUUUCAAUCCUGUCGAAAGCGCAGCAAUACUGGAGUCUGGAAAUGCCACUCUUUUGGAGCAUCUCAGGAGUACUGUAGCGCCGCUUUUGAAUACACUUGGAAAUAAAUCACCUGUGUUCGCAGGAGUUUACAAAAAUACAAAUAGUGCCAAUUCAUUGCCAAGAGCCACUCCAAGCGGUGCUCCUCCACGGUUUAGUGCUAGAUACAGGGGAGCAGAGCUUUUUGUCAGAAGGCCAACGCCUCCAACAACUCUAAACUCACUCACAGAGAAUGAGGAUGAAGUGCGGCCGAUCAAUAUCUCAAGCCCUGGGGAGCCAAAAAUUUUAACGUUUUAUCAAGCAGUGGAAACUGCUAGCGUAAACAAUGAACAGACAGACGUACGUCAAUUAUGGCAACUCCCUAGUGGUGCCCUAAUAAAGAAUAAUACUGCCAAUGACCAUUACGACACGAACAGUUCUAACAAUGACUCUCGAUCAAUAAUACCAAUAACAAAUACCUUUAAUGACAUCAGCCCUGUAUACAUUAAUAACGCCUCGACUCAUAAUGUGCCUGACACGAUCAAUUCCUUAGAUACCACCAUGAAUACCACUACUCUCAAAACGACACAAAAUCUCGAUGAUAAUCUAACAGAAGCAACUAGUGACGAUCAACUGAAAGAAACUACUACUAGUGUACCCACUACAAGUCAAUCCAUUUUAAUAGUUAGUAAAUUAGAAAAUAUUGAUCCUACAACUGCGAGUACUACGUCAACAAGCACUGAACUGAUGACGGAAGUGUCAGUUCAUAUUAGUGAAAAUGUAAAUCAAAACCAAGUAAUUGCUACGACUAGUCCUUCGCCAUUUGUUGAUAGUGCAUCAGUAGACACGAAUAAGUCUGAAUCAUCAGCCCCAGCAAUUGUUACUGAAGCUAGUUUUGUACAGAAAAAUUCUACAUAUAUGCCAUCCAUGUCAACGAUGUCAAGUUCUCCUGAAACUACAACUAUUAAUUCGACUGAAACGCUGGCAGUAACCCAAAUUACUCCAGCGGUAAACUUGAAAACGCCUAAAAGUUUGGACGAUUCAAAUUAUGGACCAGUCGAAGUAAGUAAUUCUUUGUUAGAUAUUACUUUAUCGACAAGUAAUAAUGAAACAACAAAACCUACUAUAAUGGAGAUACGAAUAGGUCAAGAAACUGAGAAAACUGCUAAAUUAAAAAGUUUAGCUCAAGUUACAGAGACUUCGAAAAUUUUUGAACAAUCAAAUUUUACUACAGAAAGUACGACUGAAAUGAUACAAUCGAUGACUGUAUUAACUUCUACAAAAAUCGAAAAUUCUUCUUUUGAAAUGACUUCCCCGUCACAAUCAAUGACAAGUACCUCGACGGAUACUCAAAUGACAUCUGAAAGAUGUUCAAAUUGCUCACCAGAUACGAAUGAAAGUAUAUUGAAUACACAGUUACCAAUGAUAACUAGUAGCUCUGUGAGUGUAGAUAAAAAUCAGAAUGUUACAAUGACUUUACCACCAGAAAUUAGAAAUUUAGAAUAUAAUACAGUCACAAAUUCUAACAAUAUGUCAAAAACUACGAACAUAGAAAUAAAAUUCUACGAUGCUGAGAACGCGACUGUUCCUGCAGGUAUCGAGAGUCCUCUUUUAAAAGAUAUACUUAACAACAAAGAAAAGUUAUUAGCCUUAGAAAAACUUAUGUACUUAGCUAUUAAUUUGACGGAAAAUAACUCAUCUGAUAAUAAUCUCAAUAAUAAAAAUAUUACGGAAGAGUUAUUGAAGAUUGCCGAAAGAUUUUCUCAAAAAUCUACCGACAUGAAUGAAUCUUCAUUCAACGAAAACAAUGUGGACAGCUCGCCUGAAGAGCUUUCUCAGCUUGUGGGGAGCUUCGUAGAUAAUCAAAGUCAAUCUGUGACUAAUGAAAGCACAGUAGAAACCAAUAACGAAACUACAGUAGUUACUCAAACGACAACUAUGCCAACAACAACGAUUAUUACAGAACCAACCACAAACACGACAAACGCAAACAUAAAUGCAGACAUGUACAUUCGAAGUCCUAAUACACGAACUAGUAUGAACUCUGAAACAAAAACUUUCUCUUCCCUAACAACUACUACCACCGCUCUAUCUUCUGAUAACAUAACAAAUAAUUCAAUUGAUACAAAUUUUCGCGCACAGCAUUUUGCCCGCAUGUUACAAAUCUUAUCUAAGCUUAUGAAUGCUAAACCAAUUACUGACCUGUUAGCAGAAUCUAAAAUCCAGGAGCUAGAUUUACUAACCCCCAAUCCGACUGAUAUACCAUCAGUAGUCGAAGAUGUUACUAAAACUGUCUUAGAAAACGACUCUAAUCUUUUUUCUAGUCUAUCGUCCACAACCACCUCUUCUGAAAGCGAAACGAACCUUGAUCUUAUCACUAUUUCUCCAACUAUGCUUACCCCUUUGCAGGGUUCUACGCCAUCAACCGCCCAAAGGACGGCAGGUACAACCAAUCGCUCCCAUCAACCAUUUACUACGUCAUCCCUCACGACAACUCCCCUAUCAUCAUCCGUAUCCUCCUCAACAAGCGAAAACAGUAACGAUCUAUUCUCUAAUAAUCAACAAUCACCCAUCCCUACAACGACAACAACAUCUACAAUUCUCCCAACCUAUUUACCAUCUUCAUCACAUGCACCUUCAACGAUGAGUUCACCAGCAGAUUAUUCGAUAAGUAAACAGCAGCCUACGACGUCGGUCUCCUUUGUUGGACAAUCUGGUUUUAACGAGCAACCGGUGAUUAAUUCGAGUUCCAGUUCCUCUACAAUUACCCCAGUCAGAGAUUAUUUGAUUUAUGGAAUAUUGCCCAAUAAGACCAUUGUUAGAAAGCGACCAGAAGACAAUUUGAUCGAUGCCAGAAAUGUGGAUAGUCCCUAUGUGAUCUUUGGAAUCUUCCCGGAUGGGAAACUCGUGCGCAAGUUCCCCAAUGGCACGGUAAUACCGGAUCCCCCAAGCAAUCCGGUGGAAGUUGUGUUUUCCCUUAGUACUACGACUAACAGGCCCAGUUUACCCGAUAACCAGUUUAUUAACCAGGAAUCGCGUAACAAGAACUUCGGCUACUUUAAUAACCAUAGCCCCGUUGACGAUGGCAAUACCCGGAAUGCUUUCUACGAACCCAAUGAAGUUGAUAAUGUGCUCAGUAUCAGUGGACCCACUGGUUUUAACCUCCCACUCAUUAGUGUCGGUAGCGGCACUAAAAAAAUGACGGCUACAGUCGCAAGUGACGUGACGCUGGAUAAUAAUGGACAGGGUGGUCGAAUCAUUCAGGAUAAGAUAAAGGAUGAAGUUAGUAAAAUAAGUGAAAGUAAUGGUCAACGCAAUUCUGUGUUCGUUGGACAGGAGAAGUUUGUGAAUUACUGGACCAAUGGACAACCUAACUCCAAUCCUACAGUUCUUAGUGUUAAUUUGACUUCCACUGCCACUGCCUCAAAAGAGGGUUCAUUAUCUGCACCUCCAGAAGUCAUGAAUUUAGAUAUUAUACCUAAUAGUGAAAGUGCCAAUCGAGUCACAGCACCACCCGGUUUCCCAUGGAAAGAUCCUUUGGAUCAAAUUUUCGGCAUAUCUUCUGAUUCGCCGGCUUUAAAGGUAGCUCAGACAGUAAAUACGAUUAAUGAAGCCAAGAAACCGACAGCGCCAGUCGAAGGACAGACUAUAGAUAAUUUAGUAGAAGUCUUCAACCCGAUCUCAAGCACCAUAAGUUCGUUAAUAAAUACUCCGACAAAGUCAACUACUACAACUACUACAAUAUCAGCAACGUUGGCUCCAAUAACACAAACUUCGGCAACUACGACGUUGACAACACAAGUCCCGACAACAUCACGUCCCACAUUUUCGUCGACUACGGUUCCAUCGAUUACCAUGAACCCAAAUUUAUUCGGUACGAAGUUCGAAGACCUUGCAUUUCUCAAUGCCUUGCUGGAAAAGCCGAAUCCGGGUGAAGCGACGCCGAAGACGCUAUCGGAAGUGGAGCGAUUGCUAGCAAACAAGAUCUUGUCACUAGCGUUAGGCAAAGGCCUACCCGACGGCGGCCCAAUGCGUUCCCCAAAAGCAAUUCAAGCAUCAAAUGCGUCGCCAAACACUGUAUCAGGCGACAAAGCUUUCAAAUUUGCGAGUACGACUCCAUCUUUUACUGGAUCGUCAUCCCAACCAAUAAUUAUUGAUUUGCAACCAUCAACGACCACGAAAAUUCCGAGCACCACUCCAGCAACUUCUACUACGCGGAGAGCUGUGCAAGCUGUCAAAGAUGCCGCUACAGUACCCACAUAUACUAUAGCAACGACUACGACAACUAGUACAACGGCGCCAAGUACGACUACGACGUCGACAACUCCUCGUACGACUACGACGUCAACGACGCCGAGGACUACGAGGCAUCCGACCACGAAAGCACCAGUUAUUAUAACUGCCAAAUCGGUUACUCCUAGACGACCAAGACCUACAACGCAAGCUCCACCUAUUGGACCUUUCGCGUUUGCAGCUAAUUUGUUACAAACAAUUUUCGGUCGCAAUCCAUUCGCUCAACCAGUAACCUCUAGGCCAGUAGUCAGAAAGCCUGUUCCUACUGCAAGGAAAGUUCCUCCGCCUACGAAAGCAACUGCAACAACACCAGUAACUAGUACCACAUCAACAACUAGGACAACGACCACCACUACUACUACUCGUGCGCCGCAUAUAGUGUUGGCAGAGUCAAGUCACACACCUAGAUCUAUUGAGGCAGGCGGUAACACUGUUGAUAUAACCGGUGGUCAGUCCGUUGUUGUAACGAAUACAAUCGCUAACACUGAAAAACCAAUCGAGGUGACACCGAAAUCUUCUAAGGUCACCACGUCCACUUUCUCACCAGAGGAAGAUGCCAAAUUCUUGGCGGCGUUGCUAGAACUUGCUCGUAAUACAAAUGACAAGCCUGUAAAGUUGGCGACGAGUACGCCAAAAACAGCCCUUGACGCAGACGACGAGGCUUUUCUCAGAGCUAUACUAACGGACCAAGCCAAGAUUCAGCCAUUAUCGACGGCAGGUGGUAACGAUCAGAAUGAUGCGGCUCUACUCGCCGCAUUCCUCAAGUCACAAGGAAUCGAACCCUCUACUCCACCGAAUUCGCUUAGACAACAGCUUCAACAGGCUAGUAAGACUACUUCUACGACGACAAGACGACCGACUAUAACGAAAACGACGACAAGAAGGACGGUACCACGAAGACCCCCAGCUUCGAUAUCGAGCUUUCCCUCUGCAUAUCCCCCGCCGCUGUUCAGUAACUUUGGCGUGCUCAGCGGCGGCGUAGGUGCUACCACGAACACAAACGGCGCAGCCGAAGGGAACGUUCGCAGCCAAGUAGUCGACGCCGCGAUCGGCAUGACCCGAGCGUUUGGUCAGUUCCUCGGUGCUGCCAUCACGGGAGCAGCACAACAAUUUCAGUCUUUUAUCAGAAAUGGAACAAGAUGGGGUUGA